AUGGCUGUGCAGGGGAAGACUCUGGUUGGCCCAGUUCCUGGCCCAGCGGCGGCCCCGGCCCCGCGGCUUCCCCCCGCCGCCGCCGGGCGCCCCGAGCCUCAGCCAGGCCGGCAGCUGGCGGCGGGGGCGCUGCGGCCGGUGGCCCAGCUCGCGGGCCUGUGCCGCGCCCUGCGGCAGCAGGAGGCCGCCGGGGACGAGGCGGGCUGGGGCCGGGCCCACGGCCAGGCCCGCGCCCUGCUGAGCGAGCUGCGGGAGCGGCUGCGGCCCCUGCGGGAGCCCGGCUCCCUGGGCGAGCUGCGGCGCAAGGCGGAGAAGGCGAGGAAGCGGCGGCUGCGCCUCCGCAAGAGGAAGCAGGAGGCCGAGGCGGCCCGGGAGGAGGAGGCGGCCCGGGCGGCGGAAAGGGAGGCCAGGAUCGACCGGUGGCGAGCCAAGUGCGUCCAGGAGGUGGAGGAGAAGAACCGGGAACGUGAACUUAAAGCCGCAGCAGACAGUGUCUUAUCUGAAGUAAGGAAAAAACAGGCAGACACAAAGAGAAUGGUGGACAUCCUGCGUGCUUUAGAAAAGCUUCGAAAACUGAGAAAAGAGGCAGCAGGAAGAAAAGGUGUUUGUCCUCCACCCUCCGCAGAUGAAGACUUUGAACAUCACAUAGAGAAGCUGAGGACACUGAUCAGAAAACGCACUGAACUGUAUGAAGCUGAAGAGAGAGCAUUAAGAGUUAUGUUAGAAGGAGAACAGGAAGAAGAGAGGAAAAGAGAAAUGGAAAAGAAACAGAAGAAAGAAAGGGAAAAGCUUCUACAGCAAAAACGUGACAUUGAUUCCAAGUUAUUCGGGGAUCCAGAUGAGUUUCCCCUUAAUCAUCUACUGCAGCCCUUUAGACAAUAUUAUUUACAAGCUGAACAUUCUGUUCCAGCCCUCAUCCAGAUAAGGCAUGAAUGGGAUCAGUACCUGGUACCAGCUGAUCAUCCUGAAGGAAGCUGCAUCCCUCCAGGAUGGGUCCUUCCAACUCUCCCUACCAGUGACACCUGGGCCACUGCUGUUAGAUAAUUUAAUAAGUCAGUCUGAAGUGGUAGGUCCCAAGGGAAAAAAAGAAAUAUACCGUAAAUAUGUGCGUGUGUGUAUAUAUAUUUUUUUUCUUGAAAUUUACACCACCAUUUCAUUUUUUAAUUGUAAAGCAUGUGGCAAGAUACUGGAGUUGGAAUUUCCUGUAGAAAAGCGAUAAGGGAAAAAUGUUUUAAACCUCCAGGAUCAACAGAUAAAUAUCCAAUUGUAAAAGAUGGUGUAAGCCAUGUGUGUUACUAAUGUUGUGGUGCUGUAGAGUUACAGUUCUGUUAGGGGCCUUUAUUUAACAAGUCUUUGGAUUUGAGGAAAUUUGUUUACAAUUUGAGAGCAUUGUAAGUGGGCUGAUAUCUUUGCAGAGCAUGUGUGUGCAAUCAAAAUGCUCACAAAAUGGACAUCAGAUUCAGCUGUUUCCCUAGCAUGUAAGCUUUCAGUUCAGCAGUCAUCUUUCUUCCCUCUUAACUCUUCUGAUUGUAGAGAUACUGAAUGACUAUCGCCGAAAGAGGUGAAUUUCCAUAGAAAACUAGUGUUGAAACAAAUUCCUAUUCCAAAAGCAGUAUCAAAGUCAGUGAAUCUCGAUCUAACAUUUGACCCUGAAGUUCAAGAUCUCUUUUUAAAA